AUGCACAGGAGCCUCAACGUUGGGCGGGACGAAGAAGCCUGUCUGGCUCGAUCAAAGUUCUACUUCCACAAGUGUUCCAACGAUGCGGAUCACCCCAUGCUGGCGACUUUCAUGCCGACGGCUUCUAGCAGAUUUUGGCCGCCUCAAGGUCGGAGGAAUGCUGAGGUUGUGGUGGAGUGGCAUGGCUGGGAGUUUAACCGGGUGAUGCGAAGAAACGACUUCUGCUCACUACAGGAGGAGGUGGAUGCGCUGCGAGACAUCGGAUACUGCCUGAAUCAAGAUGCCAUCUACAAGUGGGCAGCCAUUCUAAAGACUGUCCGUGUUCUUCAAGAGGAGCAUCAGACGUCGUCUUCAAUGGGGCUCCCGCCAACCUUCAGCUCUAUCGAUGUGGGGGGAGGCAGUUCUCCGUUACAGUUCUUCAUGUCCCAGAAAGGCUCUGUGACUAAUAUCGACAUCAACUUCCUCUCCUCCUGGUUUCCCAUCGAUGGUGAAGGCAUCUACGCGCGAGCAGACAAGAGCAAGCUUGUUUUCAAUCGCUCCAACAUUCACAAGAUAGAGGGAGAGCUGCUGCCUGAGCUCAUGAGGGUCCCCGACGGAAGCAUCGACCUGGUGUAUGACGCGUGCUCCCUCAUCCAUAUGUGGAGACACUUUGCUCGCCCUGAGCAGGGCCUCGAACGUGCAGUGCAGGAGAUCCAUCGCAUUCUGCGUCCUGGCGGCUUCUUUGUCGUCGUGUCAGACGUGGCUCACCCUGACGCGCAGGAGGUUCGAGAGUUUCAACAUGCUGACAGCCUGGCCAGCAUCCUUUACCAAGCUGGAGUCAGCAUGGCACAAGGCAAGAUGCAGCCCGAGCACACAGCGGAGGCGAAUAUGAGCAGCCAUGCGUUGGACGCGAGGAAUCUGUACACGUGCGAAGCUCUGCCAGAGGUAGCAACUUGCAUGUAUGAGUCGAAGCUCAAGGGAAUCAGGGAGAGCUUCUCCUUAUGGUCGCCAACUUCGUCCUGA